ACACACGCAUAAACAAAAUGACCAAGAAAUAGACACACACAUAAUUUAGUGAUCAGCACAAAAAGAAAGCUCAAAUUUCAACAUUAUUUUCACGUUAGCUCACCGAAAUUAUCGCCCAAAUCUUUUUCACAAUAUAUACACACAAACGCAAGACCUAUACACACAAAUUUGCAUGUAUGUGUAUGAUCACGUAGAGAGGGAAGAAUAAUGGACGGGUUAUGCUUAAAGACGGGUUUGAUGACGGCCCAGAUCAUCGUAUCCGACGUCCGGACAACUCCGGCGAAAAUUCCGGCGGCGGUUGGGCGGUCGCCGGCAAAUGGGUCGGCGUCAAAAUGGGGGUUUUCGAUGAAAUAUCCGUUUAAAUCAUUGUGGCCAGUUGGUGGUAGAAGAUUUGAAGCUGUUUCGCAAAACGACGUCGUUUCGGUGGAAGAGGAUGAUGAGGAGGAGAGUGAGGGAGGUUUUGGAGGGAGGAGAGAUGGCAAUUGGGUUUUGAAGAUUUUGCAGUUGAGGGCUUUGAGAGAGAGAGAGGAGAGAGAUGAAAAAAGUGAUGACUUUGAUGCAAGAAGUGAUGAAUUUGGUGAAGAAAGUGAUGAAUUUGAUGAGAAGAGAGGUGGGUUUGAUGAGGAGAGUGAGUGUUAUGGUGAGGAGUGUGGGCUUUGUGGUGAGGGAGAGGAGGGAAAUGUUGUGGUUGAUAAAGGGUUGUUUUCGAAAAUGUUGAGGAGGGUGAAUUUGGGGGAGGCUAGGUUGUAUGCUCAGUUGUCUUAUCUGGGGAGUUUGGCCUAUUCAAUUCCAAGAAUUGAGCCAGGCAAUCUCUUGAAAUACCAUGGAUUCCAUUUUGUGACUUCAUCGGUGGAGAAACAAGAGCAGGCAUUGAAAGCCGAGAGAGAGAAGGUUUUGAAAGAUAAGGGUUCAGCUGAUUAUCAAAAUAAAGAGAAGAGUUCACCUGACUCUCAAAAGAAAGAGAACGUUUCAGCCGAGGUUCUUGAAAAGGAGAAUGAUAUAGGUGAAUAUUCUGAGGAAAAACAGGCGACCGGGGCCGAAGAAACAGAAGAAAACCCAAAGGACAUGGCGGAGACAGAUGAAGAAAAGGAGCGUGAGAAUCAACUAAGUGCAUACGUUGCUUAUAGAAUUGCAGCUUCUGCUGCGUCGUAUUUGCUAUAUCAUACUACUAACUUACUUCCCUUCAGAUCUUCCAAUGCCGAAGUGAGGGAAGACUUGUCCAAGGAUAGUGUAGGCACUGUAAAUAUGCUGAACAAUGUUGACAUGAUGAACGGGGACGUGGCCUCUCUUAUUGCGACAACUGAUUCUGUGACAUCUGUUGUUGCUGCAAAGGAGGAAGUGAAACAGGCUGUUGCCGAUGAUCUCAACUCAACAAGUUCUACACCUUGCGAGUGGUUUGUAUGUGACGAUGAUAAAACAACUACAAGAUUCUUUGUGAUACAGGGGUCUGAGUCGUUGGCUUCAUGGCAGGCUAACCUACUCUUUGAGCCCGUCAAAUUUGAGGGACUAGAUGUGCUUGUUCAUAGAGGUAUAUAUGAGGCUGCAAAGGGAAUAUAUGAACAGAUGUUGCCUGAAGUUCGUAGCCAUGUAAAGAAUCAUGGCGAUCAAGCCAUGUUCCGUUUCACUGGGCACUCUCUUGGAGGAAGCUUAUCAAUGCUGGUGAACCUUAUGUUAUUAAUCAGGGGCGAUGUCCCUCCUCCUUUACUACUCCCUAUCGUAACUUUUGGGGCACCAGCUAUUAUGUGUGGUGGAGAUCGUUUACUCCAGAAGCUUGGUUUACCCAAGAGUCAUGUACAAUCAAUUUGCAUGCAUCGUGACAUUGUACCCCGAGCUUUCUCUUGCAACUAUCCCACUCAUGUGACAGAACUUCUCAAGGCUGUAAAUGGCAAAUUCAGGGGUCAUCCGUGCCUUGAGGAUAAUGGGUUGCUUUACUUUCCAAUGGGGGAGUUCUUAAUUUUACAACCAGAUGAGAAUUUUUCUCCACACCAUGAGCUCCUUCCUUCUGGUAGUGGGUUAUAUCUGUUAACUUGUCCAGCUUCUGAUGAUAAAGAGGCAGAGAAGCAUCUUCGAGCUGCACAAGUUGCGUUUUUAAACACACCUCACCCUCUUGAGAUCUUGAGUGACCGAUCUUCUUAUGGUUCAGAAGGAGCCAUCCUCAGAGAUCAUGACAUGACCUCAUACUUAAAAACUAUACAAAAUUUCAUCCGCCAGGAGCUCAACCAAGUAAGGAAAACUAGAAGAGAACACCGAAGAAAGUUUAUGUGGCCCCUCAUUGCCCGAAGUAACUUAAAUGAGGAUAUAGCCGUGGGUAGUCCUGUUGCAUCAUCAACUAGCUCAAAUAAUGAACAAUUCAACUUUGCCGGUGUCCUACAUACCGGUAGGGAAUCUUUCAGACGGCUCACUAAGCUUCUUACAUCACGGCACAUGCACGUGGUUCUAGUAUUCCUCUUUCCUGCAAGAAUUUUAAUCUUGGGUGCUUACAACAUGAUCAACUUCCAUUGAGAAGGCUUCCAUAAGGUCGGCAGUUGGCACCUUUAUAAACUCUUCUAGUAUUCUUCCCAGUAUACUGGUAUGUACAGCCACACGGGUUGGAUCGUCCGCAGUACACAGGUAAUUAGUCCAAAUUUUAUUAUCAUAUAUUGAUUUAGAAAGUAAUUUCCCCUCGUUUAUAAUGCGGGAAAUUCAAAGGGUAGGAUACCAAAGUAGCAAACUACAAAUGUUAGUGACUUAGAAAGGAGACAGUUCAUGUACUGAAUUUUAUCAAUAUCAUUACUACCAUAUUCUUUCAAUUUUUUUUA